AUACCACGGUGUAGCAUUCAAAGGUAAGCACACGUCGUGCUUUCAAAGAUCAAUUAUUAAAUCAGUGAACUGUUUGAACUUAUUUAUUGAAUAUAUGUCCAUUCUUAUGCUUAGUAUUAUCAAUUGCAACUUUUUGUUUCUCAAUGCCAGUUCAAAGAGUUGAAUUUAUCUCUUCGGUUUCACCUUUAUUUACCUAUUGAGUACAGUACUAUGACACAACCUGGGCUAGGUGACAACGUUCGUUCCCUAAGGCAAGAGGCCAUUCCAGUGCCGCUUCCGACCUCAUACAACAAUUAUUAAUACCGCACAUUGAUGUUUUAUGGUCAUAUAGAAAUAUUUAAAUAUCUUAUCAUUGAUAACGUUGUCAUACUUGCAGUUCGUACUCAAACAUUUUCAUGCAAUAAUUGAUCCAUUUACUUGAAUCAAAGAGUCGCUUUUAAUGUUUCUACGUUAAUUAAUCUAUAGAAGAAAAAAAAAACGCGAAUUCUAACUUUCUAAAGGCGUGUAGAUAAUGAGGAGGUCCGGAUCCAUUAUUGUUUUCACAUGGGAGGCAACGAUGCGAUACCAAGUCACGCCACAUGACUUUGUAUUCCACAAUGUCGCCAGUUAAGUUUAGUGCGCUCAUGAGACUGGACCCUGACUUUUUCCCCCACACACAAUCCCGUCAUGAUAGUGCGUAGGGGUGGCCUGGUACUUUUAUUGAUUUUUACCGGGGUGACACUGUCAACUAAACCUGUCUCCACGAUGUAAAACGGGCAAAAAAAAAAAGGGACUGUUGUCAGUUGUGAAAUUGUUGAAUAAUCUAUAAACGAUAUUGUGAAAAUAGUGUUAAAAAAGUGUAUGAACUAUUUAACAGUAGUGUUAAAUCUAAGUGAUAGUGUUUUGACUUUGAAACUGAUGCGUGGCGCCGCCGUCUCUCUGUAAAAAUGGCACCGAUUUCAGGCUUCUCGCCCUCAAAUUUUUGCAGGCGACCCAAGAAGAAAAUUAGUUGACAAUUAUUGUGAAGCCAGUAAACACCAGGACGUCGACAAAUAAGGUGGGAAUUUUUCGGUUUAUGCCAUUUAAUUAUUUCAUGUAAAUAUCACAACUUAAACUGUAUGAUAGGAAAAAAAGGUGCCGGUUUGGCAGGCAUUUAAUUUCGCUUAGUGUAACUAUCUGACUUACUGUUAUAACUUUCAUUAGAAAACUAUUCCUUUAGUAUGUUUCUAUGCUUAAUCACUUAUGUUGUACCGAUAAUGUAACCUAACGUAAAUAUUUUAAUAUUUGAGGUUGUGAUUGAACUUGGGAUAGCACAGCAUAGUGGUGAUGGGGGAGACAGAAUGUGAACAUGGCUGAAGUCAAAUCAGCCUCCAUGUUGUUUCUCAGUUUUCGCGUUUGUUUUAGUCUUUGUCUAGUGUUGUUCGGUUUAAAUUGUUCUAAAAUUAUUAUUUUACAGCUAGAUCUUAAUUAAUGCAUUCAUUUUUAGUUGAAUAACGUAUUUUGAAUUUUUAGUGAAGUUGUUUUGACUUGCGUAGUGUUUACUUGCUGCCUUUCUUGAGAAGUUGAUUUUAUUUAGAAAUGAGGUAUAGGCUACCCAACAGGGUUCUGUUGAUUUUUAAACAGGAUGGACCAUACAUCAUGGUUAAUGACUGGGAAAUUAAUUAGUGACUACUGUUAUGAUUUGUUUGUGCGUGUUUUGUGUUGUGGAGUGUUGUGCCGCCAGGACAUGAAGUGUUGUAUGAGUAAUGUGGUUAGAAAGGCAGUCUUUCAAAACAUUCUAUUUUCACGUGUUUUGACAAUCACAGAAUGAGACAGGGACGCGGAGGCCAACGAAGCAAAAAAUGCUGUAACCGUCGAGUCGCACCUCCUAUUUCCCUACCCGCCACACUGGAGGACCCAGGGGUGUCGUGGAAGGGCCCACCGCCUGGCGACCCUAAUGCCCCUUUUAAUUCGGCCCCUUCUUUUGGAUCUGGGCCUCCACCUCCAGGCGGUUAUCAGGGUCAAUUCCAGGGUCCUCCAGCAGGCUCUCCUGCUGGCUCAGGACCAUAUGCCCCAGGUUCUUCUACGCCUCAGUACACGGCCUCCCCUGCACCUUCUGGCUCCUCGACUCCAGGCCCGGGCCCACCUCAGUUUCCCCCUCCUCCGGCUAACUCAAGCUAUAAUGGUCCUGGACCAUUUGGUUCUCCAUCUAGCUCAGGACCAAAUUUCGUAGGCCGGCCAGGUUCAUCUGGACCUUUCGGACCACCUGGCGGCAAUCCUCAUUUUGGUGGGCCUGGAGCGCAAUUUGGGGGACAUCAGUUUGGAAUGCCACCGGGUUCACCUUUUGGACAUGGACCUCUCCCAGGACCUAUUCCCGGCCAUGCUAUGAUGCCUGGUCAAAUGCCUCCUGGACCAGUCGACAGGAUAGAUCAGGGUUGGAGGGACAAGUCUGGCUCGGAGUUCUCUCGGCAGAUUGUAAAUAGUGAAUAUAGAUGUGUUCCUGUCCCGAGGCGGCAUACCCCCUACUUCGGCCAACCCGACUACAGGAUAUACGAGCUCAACAAGAGGCUACAGCAAAGGACUGACGAAAGUGACAACCUUUGGUGGGAUGCGUUUGCAACAGAGUUCUUUGAAGACGAUGCCACGCUGACGCUCACCUUCUGCUUAGAGGAUGGACCAAAGAGAUACACAAUCGGGAGGACGUUAAUCCCAAGGUACUUUAGAAGUAUAUUCGAAGGAGGAGUUACAGAGCUUUAUUAUAAUCUUAAACAUCCUAAGGAAUCAUUCCAUAAUACUAGUAUUACACUCGAUUGUGAUCAGUGUACUAUGGUCACGCACCAUGGAAAGCCCAUGUUCACUAAGUGGAGUGGGGACCGGGGUAGCGUUGAGCCUGAGUCGUACUGUCAGGUUUGCACGGAAGGCAGACUGAUCUUAGAAUUCACGUUCGAUGACUUGAUGAGGAUAAAGUCGUGGCACUUAGCUGUGAGGAGCCAUCGAGAGCUAGUCCCCCGCUCCGUCCUCUCCUUGCACUCGCAAGGCCAGGACCCUGCGGUGAUUGACCAGCUGUCCAAGAACAUCACCAGGCAAGGAAUUACCAACUCCACCCUCAACUACCUCAGGCUGUGUGUGAUAUUAGAACCAAUGCAAGAACUGAUGUCUAGGCAUAAAGCCUAUGCCCUCUCGCCGAGGGAUUGUCUCAAGACAACCCUUUUCCAGAAAUGGCAGCGAAUGGUUGCACCACCUGAAUCGCAAAGGCCAGCGAACAAGAGGCGGAAACGGAAAGGUUCCCAAAGCGGAGGCGCUGCUAACAAUGCCCCUCCAGCCCCUAACAAGAAGAGGUCUCCAGGUCCCAACUUCUCAUUAGCAUCUCAGGAUGUUAUGGUAGUCGGUGAGCCUUCGCUGAUGGGUGGCGAGUUUGGAGAUGAGGACGAGAGGCUAAUCACGAGGCUGGAGAACACCCAGUACGAUGGAGCCAACUCCCUCGACCAUGACCCUCACCCUUUCGGAGACUCACCCCUAGCGCAGGCCAAUUCUUGGGGGGGCCCUGGUGCGCCAGAGCCUCGCUCGGCCCCUGCAAACACUCCCUCAUCCCAGGAUUCAGGGGACAAGAAGUCACCGGCUGCCUUCUUUGAUCAGUCAAACACAAGUGCGAAUGCUUUGAACAAUGGUGUGUGCAAAAACGUGUGACAAAGUGGGCAUUGGCCCGAAGAGAGGGUGACUAAAUAGUGCCUUUGCACUGCAUCCUCGAUUCUUUGUAUAAAAUUCCUGCCCAUUUAAUCACAGAUUUUUUUUUAAUAAAACACAUAUAUGAGAUAUUAUAUAUAUAACUAUAUAUAAUAUAUAUGUACAAAAUAUUAAAAAAAAAAUCAACAAAAAAGAAAAUGAAAAAAAUUGUGAGAACUAUACGAGAAUGAUGGUGUCAAAGUGUGAAACACUAAUCCAGUUCCCUUUCUUGUUGCCGAUCAUUUUGUUUUAUUGUACAAAUGAAAAUAAGUGUCCUACGAUUAUAUGUGCAAUGGACUCGAUUAGGUCAAAUCGGAUCGUACCUUAAUUAUUACUUAUUUCUCUUCAUUUUUUAUUUACUUUUAUUUUUUAAUUAAUCUGUUAAAGAGAUUGUGAGAAGACAGAUCAGUAUUCGAUAAUGUGAGCCAUGAGGAGCACAUAAGGCUAAAUUUUAGUAUAGUGGACGUUAUUAAUACUGUAUGUGGAAGUUUCCUUACUGUAUAUUUAUUCUUAUAGUGUUACAGGUAGACUUAGCUGAAUUAUAAAAAAGCGUUUUUAAUUGAACCGAAUGGAACAUCACUUAAUAAUGUAAUGGAUAACUCACCGAUCCAUCUUCGGAUCUGUGUAUUGUGAUAGUCUUAAUGAAGAAAGCGGACUGUGUAAAAUAUAAGAUUUUUAAAAAAUGAGAGGAAACUGUUUUAAUGGAACGUUUUUUAGCUCAUUUUUCAAAUUUAUUUUAUUUGGGGGAUAGCAACGAUUUUAUAUAUUUUCAAAUUGGGAUAAAAAUUAGCACAAAAUAUUGAAGGGCCUAUUCUGCAGCCUAAUUGAAAUUGCUGCUGGCAGAUCUAGAGAUUAACAUAUUUUAAAAGGGGGGAGGGGGGAGCAAGUUGACGCAAAUUAAAAAAAAAAUACAAAAACAAACAACGGACACAAGUAAUUUAAGAUUAAAAGUUUUUAUUAAUGUUUUAUAAACUGUAUAAUUAAUUUAUUUUGUUGUAUCUUGCACAAGUACCUGGGUUUUCAAUGAGGAUUUAAUAGACAACCAAAUUACCUAUGCUAAAAAUUGGUUUCCUUUUUUUAUUAAAAAAAAAAAGUACUAAUUUUAUGUUUGACCUGUAACAUUAAUUUCUGUAUAUUUUAAUUGUGAUUACAGUUUUACACAUUUUGGUGACAAUUUUAUUGAGGCAUUUAUUCCUAGGGCGUAGGCAAUUUAAAUACAUGGAUUGUCCAAACUAUGCAAGCUAUAAUGUUGAACUCUAGUUUAUUGUAAUAAAUUGUUUUUAAUACUCAUAUUUAAUGUUUAUUUAUUAUCAUAAUUAAGUUUUUUAUGUGAUGUAACAACACAUCACAUUAGUUGUAUUUAUAUAUAUUUAUGUGCUUUUUAAGGAGCUUGUAUGAUUAUAGUUUGAAUGAUCUGUGUAUUGAUAUUUUGUAACAUUACUUGUCACCAAACAAGUGUAAAACCUUUUUUUUUUAAUUAGUUGUAUAUUUUAGUAAAACUGUUACUUAAAAACAUGGCACUUUGUAAUGAAUGUUUAUUUCUGAAGUAACCCAAUUUUUACAUGAGGGUUAAUUUGGAAAAUGUACAACUUUUAAUAUUUGUCACAUGACAUGCAUGGAUGGCAAAGUUAUUUUUGUAAUUUUUUAAUAACUAAUGAGGCCUGAAAUGUAUCUGUGUUAUUUUUCUUAGAAUAUCAAUAUUCUAAAGUUUUGUGAAUAGUAAUUAUUGUUAAUGUAAAUUUGUAAAUUGCAGGCUCAUUUAAAUAUAUAACUUUUAUAUCUGUUUGACCUGGUUAACAUUUGGAGAAGAGCACUCGUAUGGCCCAGCAGAUUAAUCUGCUCGCCUCGAUACUGUCCUCAAUAUCUUAACCUGUAUAUAUUUAUAUUUGUUUUAAUACAAUAAUCUAUUAUGUAAGUUAGUUACGUAUUAUUCUAAAGAAUUUUUAUAAUUGAUAAAAAUCAUUCAUAACUUUCCCAUCCAUGUUUUUAUUCAACUAAUUUCUCUUGUUAAUAUUGUCAGACCUAAAUUAUAAUUUUAUGUUCAUUUCUUCUUACAUAUAUGCCAAAAUAUGUAAAUUUAUUCCAUUCCCUAUUGUUAGAUAUUAUAGUUCUUUAAAAUAUAUCCGAAUAAAGGAAUUUUUAAAAAGUGUCACACAAAUAAAUUCUUUUAUAGGAGUGAACAUUUAUUUCAAAUGUUUUUAAACUUUAAAAAAAUAUAUAUAUAAAGUUAUAUCCAGUACCAUCCUCUGUGCUAUGGUUUAUUUUAUUUUAUUUUUUAUUUAAAAGUCAAGAUGGCACUUAUACUUUGUAAUUAGGCUCAUUGUGGAUUUUUAUUAUUAAAUAUUUCAUUGUACAUAAGCCUCCUUUUAAAGAAACAAUUUUUUAUAUAAAAUAAAUAAAUAAAAAAUCAGCUUCCCUGGAGGUAUAAAUGCCAUUCUUAGUCGUUAAAUUUUAUCACCUAGAAAAAUUUUGACAUUAUUUUGUCCAUACCUAUUGUAUAUAUUUAAUAAUUUCUUCUUUAUUAAAAAAAAAAAAAAAAAAAGGAUGAAUGAAAUACAUGAAAAGAACAAAUGUUAACGAAACCAUUUCUUGGUGCUUGAAGCCCAAACUUCAUUUCCAUGUAAAUAGUUAAAUUAUAUAUAUAAAUAUAUACAUAUAUAAAUAAGUAAUAUUAAAAAAAAUAAGAAGAAAAAAUGAAGGCUAUUCCAGGGAUUUGAAUUAAUUACUUGUAUAUCAGUGUAUAUAUUGAUGGAACAAGGAUUUUCAGAUCAUUUAUUGUUAUUGCAAAAUAGGUGUAUGAGUUUGUAAUUUAAGUCAAAAAACGUUUCUUAAAAUAUAAAUUGUUUUAAAAAAUGAAAAAAAAAAGAAAGAAAUAGUUUCAUAUGACACAGCGCUCCUUAUGGGGACCAAGUUUUGAUUUUGUCUGUAUUUAUUCUUAAUUUUACUUUACCGUUAUCAAAGUAUUUAUUAUUUCUUCUUGGAUUUUCUUUUUCUGUCUUAUAUACAUAUAUAUUUCGAGAAAAAAAAUUGAGCCAAUUUUAUAGAAAUUU